CGAAAAUUGCCAUGUAAUAUAAAAAUGGCACACAAAAAAAGCGGCCUCCUUGGUUUUCUAUGGUGCAGAGAAAAUCAUGUCGAGUCCAAUCGGACAUCCCCCGUUGUUUUUGCAAUCCUGCGACUCGGAAAAGGCAGCGUGGAAAAAGGAUCCGUCUUUCCGAAGAAAGAGCCCCAUGAAUCGAAUCGAAGUAACCGGCCUUGUGCUCUGCGCUGUCCACGUCGAUGUGCCAAGACAUUCGGAGACGGAUCACGAUUCAGGCAGGAACCAGAUAGGCGUUUGAUGAGCACAGAGACAGAAACGGGUCCAAAUCAAGUAAUCACUUCCAGUUGUCAGCUCUUCUCCGCUCUAAUCAACCAAGUAAUCACUCGUUGCCGUGGCGGGAUGGCAGCGCAAGGGAGUAAUCCUCAAAAAAAGGGGGAGGGGGGAACGUUUCACAGCGGCUCCCGGCCGUUGGUUCCCUGAAUGAUUGCACCGCAGCAGGGCGGGUAAGUGCACAGUUACCAGGGAGGGCCGUGAAUCUUGCAAACAUGCUCGCCAAUGGAUGAACCAUGAACGGGAUCGAGUUUGCACCCCCCAUGAAAUUUGGUGGCGUUGGCAGCAAAGGCAGGAUCGGUUUCCCAACAAUCAUGCCAACUCCCAGGUACCUUUUCAGAGCAUCUCUGGGUUGGGUCGGGUUAGCUACCUUCCUUCUCCAUUUAUGGAAACAAAUUCGGUUCCAAUCCGUUUAUCCUAUAGUACUAUAAUGAGGAAACUAAUCAACAGGCCACCAUAUACACAGCGGCGGACAAGGUAAAAAGGAACCUUUCAUUUCACAGAUAAGGCAUAUCUAUCCCGGACCCAAGGGAGCAGACAACCACCCCUGUCUUGUAGGACUGCCCAACAGUAGUCAGUUACCGGCGGCACGGGACGCCCUGUGAAGAUCCGCGGCGCGAAUCGCGAGGCGGCAACCAGGUGAUCCCCACGGCCAGAUAAACGCGACGGAGGCCAGUAGCAGCGGGCCACCUAACCCAUCGAUCUCUUGCUUCUCUACUGGAUGUUUGGGAUCUCCAAGUCCCGCCCUGCAAGCGUCCCAAGGCCUUCUUGCCGUUGUUGGCCUGCCUCUCCUACUCUCCUGGUGGCUUGCAUAUCAUAUCAUCCCUUCCCUCCUUCCUUUCUUCAUCCAAGCCGAGCUCUUUACUCUUUUCAUUUAGGGCGACCAACGUGUGAUGCGUUGCUAUGUCUCAUAAUCUCAUUCUCACGGCGUGAGAAAAGCCCCUCUGCCUUUUUCCAGCUCCACCGGCUUGCUUGGCGCGGGCUUCGUCCCAUUUGCCCCCAGCCGUGUUUCAAUCUGCAAGGCCAUCGGUUCGAGGAUGGCGGACCACUUCACGCUCAUGACGGGGCGGAUGAUCACCGAGGCGACGCUUCAGGGUGCCAUCUUCGACGCCCCUUCCGCAAAGGAUGUGUGUGAUCAUCAUGAUCCUUCUGUUUUUGAAGACGGGAGGACCAAGAGCGGAGUCGUGGUGGAAUGCAGAAUCUGCCAAGAAGAAGGUGAUCAAGCCUACAUGGAAACCCCUUGCUCCUGCAAGGGUAGCCUCAAGUACGCUCACCACAUAUGCAUCCAGAAGUGGUGUAACGAGAAGGGAGACACCAUAUGCGAGAUAUGCUUACAACAAUUUACACCAAACUACAGUGCCCCUUUGAAGUUGUUUCGGAUCAGAAGAAACCAAAUUAUCUUCAGGAGAGUUGGAGAAACACCGGAGAAUCUCAACGCUGGAGAAAACGUUUCCCAAACCGCUGAUCAUGGUGCUGGCACAUCAAGCUUUGACUCUCAAUUCUGCAAUCCAAAAGGUGUCACCUACUGCCGUGUGAUUGCCAUCGCCUUGAUGGCUCUGCUAGUGCUCCGUGACACGAUCUCGCUUGUCCUCGGCGGUCCCGAGGUGUACUCAUUGGCACUGAUCACUUUGCUGAUGUUCAGAACAGCCGGGGUUGUCAUACCCAUCUACAUAAUCUUGUUAUCAAUUGUCACAUUGCUCCAUCGGCACAAUCAACACCAGGAUGUGCAGGGUGCGACGCCAGUUACAGAACCUGUAGGAACAGAAGACUCACAGAGCCUGCAGCCGGCACCACCUCAACAGCAUGUCAUCAGCAUCCAGUAGCAAGCUGCACAAGGAGAAUGGUGGUUAGGUUCUGUCAAAUAUUAGUCUCAUUGGAUGAAGUUAGCGAGGUCAAUGCUGACUGUCAUAGGAUACAGAAGAUGAAAAAUCAUUGCAAGUGUAAA